UCUAGGCUGGCUGUGGUUAAAGAGUUGCUCUUCUGUUUCUGUAAGGAUCUAUGACUGCAGUCGACUUGACUGCGAAAGAAACGCAACUUCAGGCAACCAGCCCAUGAGCCAUGAGCCAGCCCAUGGAUCUAGUAAACUGAGACAGGAGUAACACAAGUGUUUGUUUUGAAUGGAACUAUGAGCGUAACUGUUACGUUUUGUGCAGUUCAUUAUGUUGUCAAAACAAAAGCGAGUCUCUUCACUAUCUGCACGGUGUGAGAACCAGAUUUUAGGAAACGACCAUGCAUAAAGACUCCUGCCCUGAGUUCGACUCGUCAUCCAGCUGCGGCGCAUCAUCUUCGGACGGGGACACCCCUGGAUGCAACCAGCAGCCUGAAGCGCGUUUAUCAGAGAACAUAUCCGAGGACACUAGCAACAGUGGGACAGACUCUGUAGUGCCCACAGCCCGAACAUUCUCCACCCGCGGCAAAGCCAAGUCCUACGGCGCCACCCAGUCGUCUUCCUCGGCAGGUGCAUUCAAGGCGAAGUUCUCCAAGAAGAGACAGAAGGAGCAGCUCUCUAAAGAGGAGGAGGAACGGAGGAGGAUCAGGAGAGAGAGAAACAAAAUUGCUGCAGCAAAAUGUCGCAACAGAAGGAAGGAACUAAUAGACACACUCCAAGCAGAAACAGACCUACUGGAGGACGAGAAGACAUCACUCCAGAGAGAGAUAGCUGACCUGCUAAAGGAGAAGGAGCGACUUGAGCAGGUUUUAGCAUCUCAUGAAUCUUCAUGCAAACUGUCUAUGAAUGACAGCAGUGAGGAAGAGUCUGAAGACUGUCCAUGCUCUCCACUGCCACAAUCCAUGCUAGACAAUGUAAAAAAUUCAAAAACUAACAUGGACAGUGUUCCUUGUAGUCCAACAACUGCCAUUUUGGGAAACUCCAACAUCCUCCUGUGCUCCAGUGCAGAGGAAGAUGCUCUUGAUUUGGAGGGAGAUGAUUUGGAUGACCUUGUGCCUACUUUAGAGAUGGAGGUACUGUCAGAAACCACAGCAUCCGUGCCUGACAUAGAUAUGGGCACUCCAUUCUGUCAGUCAGAUUGGGAAACCCUGUAUAAGUCUGUGGCCAAUGACUUUGACUCUCUCAGCACGCCAGUCAUGUCUUCCAGUCCCACUUGUAGCAAUUACCGCUCUGUGUUUUCCUUUAAUUACUCAGAGAUUGUUUCUUUGGCUGAGAGCUGUGAGAGUCUCAAAGGAGGUGCAUCUGAUUUCACAAAAGAUCUACACUCUCCAACGCUACUUGCUCUGUGAGCUUAAGAACUGAUGCAAUAUGUACAUAGAUUUUAACCAGCCAACAAGCUUGUGUAGAGGAUUGGGGACAUUUUGAUUUUGUGCUAAAAGUUAACUUAAAGAAAAUGAUAUAGUUGUUACUGUAACAUGGUUGAUUACUUCCAUUCUACUGGUAUAAUGCUGAGUUUGUACUGGUAACAAUGCAUGCAAAAACGUCCUUUCUAAUAUGAAGUGGUAUUAUGACUAUAUAAAAGUGAAGUAAAGCCAAAUAAUGCAAGAUAAUUGUUAAUGUAAUGUGUAAAAAUGUGCAUUUUCUAUGGUUCUCUGUGUCACUUGUUUGUCUUUUCUGUAUGUGUCAUGUAUUAUCAAUGUGUACACUACAGUAUUUUAUGACAUGGUUUAUUUUUUUUAUUGUUACUUACAUGUUGCAAAU